AUGGCCACUGCAAUCUCCAAGCCUCCUUCCUAUGCCGCAAAAAUGAAGCGACCGCCCCCGCCUUUCCCCCAGGCUCGGGUCAACGGGGUCAAGCCUCAACCACCCUCCUCCUCUCCACCUACCACCUCUAAUCGCCUUUCUGGGAACCAACCCACUGGUUCAAACCCGCAACUUACCAAUGGGAUGUUGAAUCUGGCAAACACCUCCAAGGCGCCUCUGAGCAGGACUCGGAACCAGGCGCAAAGACCCAAUGACCUAGGCUCGCGCCUGGGCCGACCAGUAACACGGACUGCCUUGGGCAAUGAGAACCGCAUCUCCAAAAGAAGUCCCGAGCCAUACGGUAUUACAUUCCCUGCAUAUCAUAUUACUCAACAUGGCGAAAGAACGAAAACUAAUCUUUGCCUUUCCAUGGGCGUCUUAGUCAAAACCACUCCUUAUAUCCUCAAAAAGUAUUCCAAAUGUCCUCCGUCUCUUAUCGUCCAUCUCCACCCGACACAUUUUCGGUUUGAGCAGCAAGAUGGAAGUUUUUCAUACAAUUCAGAGAUGAAAGUCGUCAUUGAGCACAUCCGCGCCGGAACCAUUCCCCAUGACCUCAUUGAGGAGCUUCUCCGUGCGAAUGUGCGGUUCUAUGAAGGCUGCCUGAUAGUUCGGGUGGUUGAUCAUAAGUCGGUGUCAGCGCAAACCAGAAAGGCUUCCGCGUCAUCACCCAACGAGAACAACAUCCCCUUCUCUGUGCACAACUACAACGAACACAUCACGCCAUCUCCAUAUGUACCCUACCCAAAGCAGAACCAAUUCACUGCCGACACCUCCAAGACAUCAGGAACUCCAGCCCCUGACAAAACCUCAUCCGAUAAGCAGCCCAAUGGCGAGAUCUCAGAGUCAAAAGACCCGGAGUCAAGGCAGAAGUCGACUCCCUCGAAGCCCCGAGUUUUCACCACAGUGCUUCACCCCACAGCUCGUACACUACUGUCAGAAUUGACAUUUUUUGCAACAACACCUGACCCUAGGAUUGCAAAGUCAUCAACCGCUGGACAGAUGGCCCAGUCACCGACCACUGCAGGCCCUCAGGCUGAUCCUGGCCAUUUGGCGAAGAGGAAAAGGAUGAUUGUCGAAGCACACGAGCUCCCGGAAUUUGAAGCGAACCUCGUCCAGUCUUUGGCCCCUCCGCUUUUCUUGGAUGCUGUGGAUAGUUUCUCCGCUUCCCAAGAUUUGCUGAAGUUUUUGGCGAGCCCGCUACACAGCGACCCCUUGCCUUCACCCAAGCGUCGCAAGAGAACAAUUGCCGAGCUUGCAGCGGAUGAGGCCCAAGCAGCUGAAGAAGAGAGGUUCAUGCUUAUCAUGGAUGAACGCAUCGAGCCUGCAACUUCUGGUGCUGCCGGCACAGCCAAGGCUGUUGCAGUGGAUGACGCUGCUGGUGCGGCGCCAUUUGAGCCACGUUUCUCCCGAUUCAAGACAUUGGAGACAAUCCGAAUGCAACUUGAAGACAAGGCUAAGCGCGAGCACGAGGCAAAGAUGAAGCUAGAGUUGGGCAAGAGACAGCAGCAAGAGCAGGAGAGAGACCGGCGCCGGGUCGUUGAACAGCGUCAGGCAGAGGAACACGCCAGGGAGGAGGCGCGCCGGCAACAACUUGCAGCCCAGCAGGCACAAGCGCAAAUUGCGGCUCAGCAAAACCGACAUGUUAUGAAUCAGCCUAACGGUGUCAGCCAAGGGCAACAAUCUUCUCCAGUUUUACGCCAUCAAACUCCCCACAACAUAUCAUCACCUCUUGUUGGGCACAAUAUGGGAUCGCAGGCGGUUCCGAUGAGUAUCAAUACAUCGCAGCAAUCUGGAAGCCCACCACGACCCCCCUCUUCCCUCCAACAUGCCCACCCGAAUAUGAUGACCCACCCAAUGGCACCAUCGAGAAGUCAGCAGGGACCCAGUCGACACGGCACUCCUCAGAUGACACAGAGUACACCGGCAAUAUCUCAUGCCACACCAAUCAUGCGCAACGUCACCCCAACCCAGCGGAUGAGCCACGGCAGUCCCAAUCACCCAACUAUGCCACAGAACCCGUUGAUAAACCCAGCUACUACGCAAAUGAAUGGAAUGAACCUUACACCGCAACAGCAACAGAUGUUACUACAGCAUCGACAACAGCAGAUUAUUGCCCAGCAGCAGGGACACAUGGUCCAGACCCAAUUCACUCCCCAGCAGCUCGCUCAAUUUACACCACAACAGAUUGCUCAGUUGCAAGCCAAUGCGCAUGCCCGGCAAAAUAUCCAGCCCAAUCAACAACAGCAAAUGCUACAGGCCCAACAACAGCAGCAGCAGCAGCAGCAGCAGCAACAACAACAACAAGGCAUGCAGCAAGUUCCUCAGCAGCAGUCGUAUCAAUCGCAGCUCUUACGAACCCAGUAUGCUCAGAUGCAAAUGGUUCAACAUGGUGGAAUGCCUCAAGGACAGGCCAACCAUGGUAGCCCUCAGCAGCAACAAAUGACUCCUCAGUUACAGCAGCAGCAACAACAAGCGCAACAACAAGCGCAGCAACAACAGCAGCAGCAACAACAAGCACAAGCACAACAAGCACAAGCACAACAAGCACAGCAGCAGCAACAACAACAGCAGUUGAGGAUGGCGGCAGCUGCUCAGGCCAAUGGAGCACAGGGCACCAUGGCGAGCACUAUGAACGCCAGAUACCAAAGACUCUACCACCAGCGGAUCCUUCAGACGCGACAUGAGAUGGCCCAACGACUCUUGCCACAGUAUGGGCCUCCUUCUCAAUACCCACCUCAAAUUGCUCAACAAUACGGUGCCGGUCUAGAGAAGGCUGCCAAAUCAUGGGUCCAGACAAUCAUUCAACGUGAGCGAGAACUUGCCCAGCAGCAGCGGGCAGUGGCAAUGCAAGCCCAGCAAAUGCAGCAACAGAAUAUGAUGCACAACGGAAUGGGCAACUGA